AUUGGGUGAAGUCUUGACCCCACUCACCUGAUCUGACUUUAUAAGUGGCUUGAGGCAGGGGGAGGACUCUGUUUGCAGGGGGUGCUAGUGCCAGUCCCUUUAGCAGACUAUUUUAAGUUGUGUGAGUGAGGAAAGUAAAUCCUAGGAACCAUGGCUCUUAACAGUAGUGCCAACAGCAACAGUAAAUCUGAGAAGCCACUGUCUCUAAUCUGGGGAUGUGAACUAAACCAUGAGAAACAAACCUAUACAUUCAAGAUCCCAGAUGAGUGGAAGUAUGAGCAGCAGCUGGCCCUGCGGACAAUCUGCCUAGGAGAAAAAGCCAAAGAUGAGUUCAAUGUUGUGGAGAUUGUACCCUCCGAGGACAGCCAGGAUACCACGCCUGUGCCCCUAGCAACUCUGAAACCUUCAGUGCUGCCAAUGGCUACCAUGGUAGGGGUUGAGCUGACUCCUCCUGUCACCUUCAGGUUGAGAGCUGGCUCUGGCCCAGUCUACAUCACUGGACAACAUGUUACAUUGGUACCGGAUCUCUCCUGGGAUGAGGAGGAGGAGGAGGAGGAGGAAGAGGAAGAGAAGGAGGUGGCUGAGGAAGAAGAAUCUCAGGAGGAUUCUCUUCCCAAAGCCAUCAAGCAUCCAGCUUCCAACAAGCGGGGUAGCAUUGCCAAGAAGAAGAUGGAGAAAGAGGAAGAGAACAGCAGUGUUCCUUCUGAUGAUGAUGUCAUUCCCAGCAAGGGAAGAGGAGUUGGCAGAGGGAGAAAGCCAGCAGUGAAGAAAUAGACUGAUCUGCAUCGAGGUAUCUACGAGGGCCUGGUACAGAAGAGACCAGAGAGAGUUUUGUGCUGUUUUCUGUAAAUGUCUUUAGAAAAAAUAAAGGGCCUUUUAUUUUGCACCCUGGGUUUCACUUGCUCCUUAAGCCUGGAAGAGGGUGGGGCACCUCUGGACAGAGCAAGUGACUCCAAGGAGCCAAAGCCAAAAUUUCAGGAUGGACUCAGGCCCCACAACUAGGGUCAGAUUUUUUUUUUCCUUCAGCUUCAAAUUCUAGCCAUAAUCUAGUCUUGGCUGCGCACCUUAGACCAGUCCAUGUUCCACUAUCUCCCCAUAGCCUGGGAUUUGCAGGCAUAGUUGGUAAGAGGUUUUCAGACACACUGACAGCAGGGUGGGGCCUUAAUGCUCCAGCUGCAGAUCAUCUACCAAACAGGCAACAGCAGUGG